GCCAGGCUACUUACCUACCGUUCAGCCGGCUCGGCCAAAUUAUCUAGGUCAAAGACCCGGGUAUGGACCUUUGCCCAUCGGCGGUGCUCAGGGUAUAGUCGCGUCUGGCUCAGAAGUUGAAAAGCUAACUACACUUUUCAUUGGGGGGAUAUCACCGGGAGUGACAGACGACUGGAUGGAAAGGAUCCUUAAGGGAUUUGGUUUCGCUGAAUAUUUAGAUGCAGAUAGUGUUCUUCGCGCGUUGCGAGUGUUGGGUGGUGAAGGGCCUGGUGAUGACAAAAAAGACAAGGGCGUUGUGCUACCCGCCUUGGAAGAGGGGGCUAUGGGAAAAAAACUAAUAGUUAAAGCAGACGAAACUACCAGAAAAUAUCUUGAUCAAUAUGAAGCAUCAAGACCAAGAACUGUGCAUGAUACUGAACUCGAUAAAAAUGCCCUCUUGUCUGUCAUAACUGUCGUACAAAAUAUGACCAAGCCUCAAGAAUCUAGAGACCAUUUAAUGCCUCAUGAUAAUAGGUCUGGAAUUCGAAAAUCUCCAAAUUCUGAACAUAUCGAUCAUAUGGAAAAAGACGAAGACACUGAUCUACCUGCUGAUCUCCCCCCUGAACAAAAAGAUCUAAUAUACCGAGAAAUCGCGGCUAGAAUGGAAGCUAAAGAACGAUCUCAUAGAAGAGAAAGCAGAGAACGUCAACAAUACGGACAUUAUCAUCAACCUGUCAAUUUUGUUCCUGCUAGAGAAUCUAGACGAGAGUCCUAUGCCUUGGAUGAUGAAGACGAAGAGCAAAAACAAACCAUGGCAACAAAUCGUGAACGUGAAUUAGAACGAGAAAUAGACGCAAGAGAAAAGCAAAUACGUGAUCGUGAAUUAAUGGCAAGAAAAUUGGCGGAGUGGGAUGAUGAUGUUGAGGCCGAAAGAGGACAAGAAGAUUACUAUCGAGAUCGACAACAAUUUCGAGCACGCGAAAUGGCAAUGGAUGAACAAGAUAAACUUCGGGAGCAACAAGAGAUUGAGACAGAAUUACGCCAGCAGGAAUUGGAAAAGACGCUUGAAGAAGAGAAAAAACAACGUUCUGAAAUCACAGAGACUGAAUUGAAUGAUGAAAAAGAGUUAGCACCUUUUACGACUAAUGGAUCUUCGCAAAUAUUAGUUCCUUUAGAGUAUAGUGAUGAUGAAGAUGAUGAAAAGAGAACUGAAGACAGGAAAAGAAGAAUUAAAGAUUUAGUGGAAACUAUUCCAACAGACAAAGAAGGUUUAUGGAAAUGGAAUGUAAAGUGGGAAGAAUUAGAUGAAAUAGUGGGAUAUCUUGGAGUUCAAGAAGAUGAACUAGUUUCUUUCGUAAUGGAUCAUUUGCGCAAUAAUAAAUCUGCAGCACAAUUAACUAAAGAAAUGGAAAUGACAUUAGACGAAGAAUCUGAACUUUUUGUAAUGAAGUUAUGGCCAAGAAAUGGAGUACCUCCAAUCUCACAACUUUCAGCUAUUUCCGAUAAUGCUGCUUUAAAUCUUACAAACUCGCAUCCGAUGCACCUACCCCUUGUUCCUUUCUCUCCACUUACUAGGCAAUCUAUUCACCAUGCUCAUUUUCUUGCUGUCACAAGCCAGCAAUUAUCUGUUGCCAACCAAAAAAGUCCAGAUAUUGGUAAAGAUUCAGAGGGUAUUAUUCGGAAAUUAAAGGAUGAAGUCCGCCAACGGCAAAAUAAACUUGAUCAAGUCAAUAAUCAGAUCCAAUCAAUUGCUGAAGUUACUCUGCUUCAUUGGGAUGCUGAAGCAGUUUCGCUGCAGUUAACCAUAAUUGACAGUUCAUUAUUUAAUAAAGUAGAUUUCAAAAGAGAUUUUUCAGCAAAAGACAAAAAGAAUUCCAAAGUGCAAGCUUGUAUGGACUUCCACCGAUACUUGACUAAUAAUUUUGCACACCAAUUUAUUUAUGCAGAUAUGACUCGGACGUCCGUCAACUCUUUACGUGGAACUCAACAUCCACGAGAAAGUAUUAUUCCUCAUGCUGUCAGAAUUGCCUAUUAUUUAUUAAAUGUUCAUCGUAAUUUUAAUAGCUUUGCUGCUUUGAUGAAAGCACUUACUUCUCCUGAA